UGUUUGGAAAAACGUCAUUAUCACCUUGACGACUGUGGAGUAGCUGGCCAUGAAGAGGGACAAACUAGUCUUCAUAAGGCAUUGCCCUUGCGCCUGGUUCAAGGUCAGCCAGUGAUGAUCUUUUGCAGUGUAUGGAGAUGGACAGCUUUGGCAGUAAGUUACAGCAGAAGGCUCUGCAGCAACCUAAGCAGAAGAAAUCCAAGUCGGCUGAAUUUCUGAUGGGUGAAGAAGAGAGAGCAACUGUAGUGGGCAUUGAAAAUCCUGCUUUCGAUGGAGGAGGAAGCACUGAGCUUUCCGUUUCUCCGAGUUGGCUGGGGAGAAAAAUGCGAGGUGACAGGCCAGAUAGCACCCUUGCAGCUCACGGGAAAAAAAUGGAGCUGCAAGCCCCUGCCAAAGAAAGAGGAAAUGAAGGUACCCAAAAUUACUUUGACCCAUCAUUGGCAGAGCAGACAGACCCAAGGCAUCGCAGGACGGCUGGGGUCAGCGCCGAAGAUGAGCUGGAAUUAACAAUACUGAAUGCAGAUGAAAACAAACUGUAUGAAAGGAUGGCUGCGCUGCUGGAUGACGACGAUACUUUAAUUGACAUACCCGGUACGCUGCAAGCCUCCAGGGAUGAGGAGGUGUUGGAGGUGAAGGCGGGUGAUCUGGUGCUUCAGCGGCGACUGCUGCUCCACAGUGGUGGUGAUGCCUCGGGCUCCAGGCCCUCCCAGGCCCCUGCCAAUGCCGAAACACAGGUUGAGGGUGGUGUUGGGCUGGGAGGAGAGGCUGGACUUGGAGCAGGGAGGAUGGUAAUGGGCAGAGAAAACACUGUAAAAAUGAGGACAGCUGAGAAAGUGAUCCCCCACUACGCCCAGCAGCUGAGGGAGCGUGUGCGGCCUGACAUGAUCAUGCUUGGCAGCCUUUCACUGCAGCAGGUCAGAGCUACAAAGAAGAAUAUCUGUAAGAGUGAGUGGGCAAAGAGAAAGAAAAGACUAAUGGCCCUCUUCACUGGCAAUGUUGAGGAUUCCAGUUCACAAAGAGAUUGUGACGAAACAGUAAGACCACCACUCAGGCUGAACCCACUGUUUCAGUGCAGAAACAUGGAAAGCCCGUCAGUCAGAGCACUGGGGGAAGGCCAAGAAGAAGCAAUAGCUAAAUACAGCCAGAUGACAGAGCUCCCAGAAUCCUCCUCCUCAGCAUCAUGGCCCCAGUGGCAGGGGGACCAAAGUACCCUUCCUCAGCCUGUGGAGGUGAGUGUGUACUGCCUAAGGGCCACCAGAGACAAGCUUCCCAGGGGUCUCUAUUCUGUCAGUGUGGCACUUCAUAGCCAUCUUGGGGGUCCUGCUCUGGCCCUAAACAGUAGGAAAGAGCAGCAGACUUGGGCAGUGUCCACUGAGCCGACGGAGCAUCGGGGACGCUUCUACGACAAUGACCUGCAAAUCAACCAGAGCCUGUUCACGAAUCUACUUUCAGCCUGUGAUAUCACCCCCUCCAUGGUGCUGGUAUUCCAACUCAUCACCAUAUUUGAACAUGGCUGCCAUCCUAACUCUGUAGUAGCCUGGGGAGCAUUUCCUGUUUGUGGGCCGAGCCUCAGUCUGGUCCAAGGCAGGUUCAAAACUCCGCUGCUCAGGGGGGAGCCCAGCAGACAACUCGACCAGUUUUAUAAAAUCGAAGCCCUCAUCUCAUCCGAUCUUGACCACUGGCUCUGUAAUCUGUAUUUUCAGAUAAAGAGACUCCCACCUGGAACAUAUGGGAAACAGGAUCUCCUCACAGCAGCAUCAGUACCCCCCAUGCUCAAACCUGAGGUCCAUCAUGAUCUUCAGCCCCAGCCCUCAUCACAGUCCCAGCUCUGUCCUCAGCCCAUUCAUCCCAACUCCCAAUCACAGGUGUAUGCAGGUCCCAGCUGCCGGGAGCCCAACACCGUGGUGCAUUCUCACCAGGGGUCACCACUCCACCUGUCAGCUGAUUCCGCUUGCUCCUCCUCAUAUUUGCCAGGGAAAAAUGACUCCUCUGAAGCUUUUUCCGGAAACAAUGGAGAAAAGAGUGAUCCAUGCAGGGAGAGAGCAGAGGGUGGGAUUCAUUGCAAGAAGAAGCCAAUCAAGAAGACAAAUAGCUGUGGUCCCAGCAUGAGCGGCAGAAGUGAACCGCCUCGGCAGGCAGACAAACAGAGGAUGCAGCCUUCAAUGGAGAACCUCUCCACAGAGGAGAUGGAGGAGUUUACCUUCUCCUUACAGUCAACACUGACUGGACCCAACUCUCGUCCUCCACGCCUUUCUGACCGAGCCCGCCUGGCCCUCUGCAUGCUGCCGUCUGAGCUGGGCCUGCCGUUGCCACGGCAACAACAACAACAACAACUGCAUCGUGGCUGGCAUGGCUCAGUUCGGCAGCUCGGCCUCAUUAUGCUGCUGCUAGCUUUGAUGUGGUUUGUGAGGCUUUACCUGCAUUACUGCAGCCAGUGGCUCUACCUCCAGGCCAUUGCAGUUCCUGUCAACAAAUUCCGCUUCCACGCACACACAGUGGACCUCGUCUACCAGGGUUCUUUGCUCCACACCCGGGAGGAGCUGGCAAUGGUGGUGGUGGGUCCCCUGACCUUGAACGCAGUAACGUUCCUGCUGGUUCUGAUCAGAUGGGGCUGUCAACUGAUAUUUGGCUCACUCCCUUCCUUCACGUCAAAGUUUAUCAUGGCUCAGGGAGUGUGGACAGUCCUCGACCCCCUGGCAGUCUUUGCUGUAGACGCCUUCCUCGGGCGUCUUGCCUACAGCCCAGAUGUACCAGUGGGUGAUGCAGCAAAGCUUUAUUGGCACUUCUAUCGAGCUGACCAAUCAGGUGCAGCGGGGGUGAUCCUCACACUGUUCCUCUAUACGGUCCAUUUUCUGCUUUCCACCACCAUCCUCUACAUUUACUUUCUCAGAUUUCACAACAAUGGUCACAUGCUAGAUAUCUUCCAACGACUCACAGCCAAAGAGGGCAUGUACUUCCUGCCACAAGACCUUGAGAUAUCCAAUCAGGAACUGAGCUACAUUGUUAAAAAAGCAGAGCAGUGGAGAGGCUUUAAUGGGGAAAGGCGCAAGGUGGCUGUUUAUGACCAUAAGUGGACAGCAGAGGAUCCCCAAUCGAGCUUUGCAGUCCCAGGUGAAGAGCACCAAAGGGAGGGUGCACCAUCAUCAACAGAGGGUGAGACCAGCACUCAUGUGAUAAUCCACACACUGUACCUGAGUGGGCUGAAGCAAAGAUACAGGCACUUCCUCCGGCAACCAGAUGGAACUAUCAUUGAGGUGAUUGGUGAAGCGGAGGGGUUUAACGAAGCAGCCAUGGUGGAGCCAUGUCCAGGUCAGAGCUUUGCCAAUCAAAGAGAGGACAAGGGAGAUGAUAGUGCUUUACUCCAGCUAAGGAAACGGAAGAAACUCUUUGGUCGGUCCAAUCGUGUUGAGCCAGUUGGAGGAAGUGGCUCCAGUUUUGCACUACAAGAACUCCAUCAAUGACAAAAACGAAACGAAAGAGAUGAACUGACACAAAGCUCAUUGUUGCAUACCUGAUUGUAGAAGAUUUUACUUUUAAGAUAGCUCUGGUAUGAUGGACGUGUCUUCUUCACUGAGCUACAAAAAGAACAAAGAACUUGGCUGAUCAAACUUAUAGGAAGCAGCUUACUGUGUAUUUUUCUUGAGAUUCCAUGAAAGUACACAUAAAUAGUACAUGUGAACUGAUCAGCCAUCUGUGACCACUUCAGAAAUACUUGUAAUAAAUGCAGGCUGUCAAGUGUCCCCCAACUACUUCAACAUCAUAUUUCAACAUUGAAAUAUGAAGAUUCUCUAGUAUGAAGACGAGUGAUAAAAUAUCAAUUUUGGCCUCACAUUAAACAGGAUAAUAUUCAGGCCAGCUUGAUUUGUAUUGGAUAUAUGUCUGCUAGCCGGUGCUUAGUGUAAUGAAGUGGCUCACAAAUCAGGCUGUAAUGGCCGCCUACUUACACAUAUUGCUUAAUUAAAGGUUGUGGGCUUAUUAGCAUGUGUCUGUGGCACAGGCUGCAGGAAGAUGGGGAGCGGUGCUGAUGUCGUUCAGGGCUUGGCUUUCAAGGUUUUAUAGAUAGCUAACCUAUCAUACUAAAGCCAUAGCCCCUCUAAAAUCGUAUCUUAAUAACCUGUCAUUUUCAUUGAUGAUGAUUUCCUUUUAUGUGUGGCCAUUAAGGAUCAAGUUCUGGGUCCUGCUGGAUGUCGAAAGUGGCCAUUCGUGCUCAUCAUUAAUGAGAACACACCUUACUUUGGCCUUGAAGUUGUUCCUCACCUCUGUAUUUAAACCAUCACCAUGAUGGCCCCAGGGACACGUGGCACAGUGCAUGUGGACACACACAUAACACACACACACCCAAGAUCCACAGAGCUCUGAUAGACAAUUAAGCCUUUAUUAAAAGUCCUAAUAAUAUAAGAAGAAACUGGAUAAGGAAAAGUGCAACUUGUUUUUACACACAGACCUUUUAACCUUCAUAAAAUCAAAUUGCUCAAUGUAUCUUGGUAAAACUUCAGCAUUUUGGAGGAUAUGUUGGACUCAUCCUGCAUCCUGUCCUAUACUGUCUGCCUUUGACACUAGCCAGAGCCUGUAGAGCUAAUGCGCUUCAAUUAGAGAUCACUCCAUUAACAGUGACAGAGCUACACCCCCCAAUUCAAUCAGCGCAUUAAUGAACACUAAGCAGAUUCGCAGCAGCUCGUCUCCUCUGACUGUCCUGCGAUAUACUUGGACCACUUUCCCGAACUUCUCAGUUUCUUCUCAGCAUACCCUAUUCCUUUGUUUAAAAGUGAGUGUAACACGAUGGUGGUCUAAAGGGCAACUUCAACAUGGCUGAAUAACAAAAAUAUUCCACAGUUCUUCUAUUUGUUUUGAUAUGUUUCUCUUUCAUGUAAAGCUAUUAAAUUUGACGACUGGCUCCUGCUUCUUCUCCUGCUUUCUCUCUCAUUUGAUGUCUUCUAAGAGAAUCAUCACCUUUUUCUAUUCAUGAUCAUCAAAACAAUGCCCUGUGCAAUAUGUUCAAAACUGAGAGGAGCGCAGCUUCAGAGGGGGCAAAGGUAUUUCACUGGUUCAAAUAUUUGAUUGUUAAUGACAAACACCAUUUCACCGCAAUUUAAAUUUUAAAUUGAUCCCUGGGAGCAAUUAUUACUGAGGGAGAAAAACAUGCCGCUAGGUCUCUGCGCCACACAUUUGCUGAUUUAAGUUAAAAGAAAACCUUUUUGCAGUGCUAUCAUAAGGGAGCUGCAACUUUUUGAAGUGAGUGCCUGAAUUUGCUUACAGCCAAGCCAACCUGGGGAUGUUGCUGGAGAGAGUGGGAAAAAAAAGGGGGUAAAAUAAAACAUAAAAAGAAAAAAAUAACACUUUGUCUAAUUCUAUAUUUAUGUAGCCCUCAGCUGGAGGUAUUCACAUAAAACAGUUUGUAUUCAGAAAUGCUGUGGUGAUCGUUAUGCUGAGCGUAGAGAUAGGCAACUCUCCGGGCACGGUUGCCGGGUGCAGCUCAGCCUUAUUCAUAUGAAUUAAAGUUACUCAAUUCAAUAGAAGGGAUUGAAAUUCCUACUUUUGCUGUUCUUUUUCUUCUUUUUCUUCUUUUUCUUUCCAAACCUUCAAUGAUCUUAAGGCUACCACUAAAGUAUUUCUUUUGAUGAAGAAUUUUUAUACAGUUUGUUUUGUGCAUACA